GCGCAGAAAAGGAAGACGCCAUUUUGAAACAGUGAAAAACCAAGCUACCCGGUUCCGUGUAGAAGAGUUGCAUGAUCGCUGUUUGUGGUGUGUCUUGACGUGCUAUUUCAGUGAAUUUUGCGCCCCUGUUUAUUGCCACCCGCAUUUUAUUAAAUUGUGCAACAAAACAGCAACCCCUGAGAACGGAAGUGAAGUAUCCGUUGCCAAGUGUGAACAGCUUACAUAAAUAAUGAUGGAUAUGUCCGGUCCACCGAGAGGUGGCUAUCGUGGCCGUGGAGGUCCGCCCCGAGGUGGAUACAGUGACCGGGGAAGCUCACCAUUUCCAUUCAGAGGUCGCGGCCGUGGAGGCGGACCACCGAUGGGUCCCCGUAUGGGUAUGGGUGGCGGUGGCCCUCCUAUGAUGCGUGGACGAGGGGGAAUGAUGCGAGGCGGCGGUCCCCCAAGGGGUAUGGGUGGUCCGCCACGAGGCGGUGGUCCACCAAUGUCGCGCGGUGGCCCGUACGGCGGUGGUGGUGGCGGCCGCCCAAUGGGUGGUCGUUCCAAUUACGGAGGCCCUCCGUCCUCGGUAUCGAACGGAUCGGGACCGCCCGCCGCUAUUGCAGCGUCAGAAAAUGGCGACGGUGGUAAAGUGGCGGAAACGAACGGUGCAACUAAAGCCGUCUCGACCACCUCGGGCGGUGGAUCGGGUGCGGGACAGAGUGGUGGAAGUUCCGGCGGUUCGGGCACCGGUGCUGCCCAGGGUGGUGCAUCCGGUGGCUCCGAGACAGAGCACAUGUCGCCGAAACAAUCGAUAAAAACGGCCGAUUCGAGCAGCUUGGCGGCCGGGUCGCAAGAAUCGUCGAUACAAUCCACACACUCGUCCGCACCGUACCAUUCGUCCCCGCGCGGAAUGUCCCGUGGACGGGGCGGAUUUAUGUCACGCGGCAUGAGUCGUGGCCGUGGUGGUGGUGGAGGUGGAUAUGGCGGCGGUGGCGGUGAUUACGGUGGGCCAAGGCCGUACCGCGGCGGAAUGGGCGGAGGCAGAGGACGAGGCGGUGGUGGCGGGUAUGGUGGUGGUGGCGGCGGUGGCGGCUACGGCGGAGGUGGUAUGUCCGGUGGUGGCGGUUACGGCGGAGGUGGUGGUGGAGGUAUGGGUGGUGGUGGCGGUGGUGGUGGAUAUGGCAACGCGCCACCCUCCUCUUACAACCCGAUGGGUGGCUACGGGCAAAACAAUGGUGGUCCGGGAGGUGGUGGGUACGGUCAGGGUCCACCGCCACCACGCCAGUUCGACUCACGGCAGCCAGCGAACCCGUCCGCCGUACCGCCGAUCAACAAGCGCGGUGGUAUCCCUGGAGUGGGAGGCCCCCCGGGACCGAAGCGUGGACGGUACGAUGCUGGCCCGCCAACACGCGCACUGCCACCGAAGGCUAUGCCACCGCAUCACGGUGCAGCGGCUCCGGUUCCGUCGUACAGUGCUCCACCCCAGCCAAUGGCCAACCACGGUGGCUAUAGCGAUCCGAACGCGCAUGCUCCACAAAUGGAACAUCAGUACACGCACACACCUGCGGCCAACACUGGCGGAUAUGGAAACACGGCCGCACCGCAAGCCGGCUACGCCAGCAACGGAUACAGCCAAAGCUCGUACGGCAACACGACGAUGGCUAGUACCGGGUAUCCCAGCACUGGCACGGAGUACGAUACCACACACUAUGAUUAUAGCAAUACGGCCACAUACGAUACACGCUAUCAGUCUGGCUACACGCAGGAUUACAGCCAAACGUACGGCACCACCGCGGACUAUAGUGCUGUUUCGACUGACACAUACGCCAGCCAGCAGUACGACGAUCGCUCCACUGCCUACAGUGGCUACGAAUUCGCGGGGAAAAACGGUCGUAGUUGAGCUUGCAGAAAAAGAAAUUAUGCCGAAAAAAAAACUGGCAAUACGUAUGGAGUAUUUUUUUUUUUUGUUUUAAAAAACAAGUACGACUUAAGACGAGAAACUAUGAAGAAAUAAACUGGGCAUACAUAUGCCAACAAUGCAAAACAGUACGAAAAAUAACGCGAUAAGCUAUUCAAAAACACGAUGUGAAGGACGCAACUGGAGGAAAUGAAACAUAUUCAACUCUAUCACACAUUAAUCGAAGAACAUAUUUUGUACAUUUGAUGAAGUAAAACGCUAUAUUAACAGUAUUUUCGUGACUAGCGAGCCGGUUGAUCAAAAUAUAUAUAAAUAGAGCGUCAUUAUGCAGUGUUAUGUAUUAACCGCCAUUAACCGCCAUGAAGAGAGACAAACUUUAAAACAUAUUAAGCAAAUUCUGCCAAAUGAAAAUACGCGAAGAAUCAAGAAUCAAAAUACGUACGAAGAAUGACAAUUAAAUCAACAGCAAAAGAAAACUCAACUGCGAUCGUGGGGAUGAAGAGGUUUUACGUUUGUUUUAAGUUUGUUAGCCACGUACAGGGACGAGAUGAUAUAAUGGAGGUGGUCUAAAUAUUUGCGGGAUUAUUUAUCAUUUUGAAACAUGAACUACGCUGAUUGAAUGCUUCCGUUAAAGAACGGAAAACAAUCACACAAACCAAAGUAGAAACUUGGAUUGAUCAUUAUUUAACCUUCGCAAAACAAAGAGAUAUAUAUUUUCUUUACUAUCCAUUGAUACAUGCAAACAGCUAAUGAAAAAUGAUUCAAUUUUCUUCCCUUACCAUUUUCUGCCUCAAUUUCCUUUCCUUCACAAAACCUCCCUGGCCUUUCUUCAACCUAUUCGAACCCAACCGACCAUCAUUAUCAAUAUUUCAUUCUUCCAACUAGACGCGCAAGCGUAUUCGCAGGGCUACGCCAAAACUGAUCAAUACGCACACAGCGGUUACUAUUAAACAGCUUAAUAACCGGCUAAUCAAAAACAAAAACGAUACCGCGAGCGCAUGCCUAAAAAAAGGCAUAGGGAUGAUGGUAUGAUGAAUAAGAGGGGUGUGCGAGUGUGUGCGCGACAGAGUACAGAGAAGAGUACACAUCAAACUGCAGCUGCCGCUACUCUUAACGCGAACAAUAAUGGCGCAAAACAGCUUUCAAAGAUAAAACUCACACACACUCACACUCAAAGGCCAUGCUGUGCAGUGGGGAAACAAAAACUAAAUAGUCAACUGAAGUGUGUGCGCGCGCGCCUGGGGUGUGCAGGAUCAAUACACGUCUUCAAGAGAAUGAAUCCUUUCUCGGCAAUCACGCGUCAAAGAAGAUAGGAUGAUAAGCAAACAGUAAAGAGUUCUAUGCAAAACGCAUCUCCCGAUUGUGUGGUGUGUAGCCUGGUGUAAAGGUCCCCCCCUGUGCACCAUUACUCAACAUGAUAACGAACUCAUCUAUUCAGAAGACCAAAAAUUAAUAGAGAAAAACGAAAAAGAUUGUCACUACCGACCCUCAGCGAUCGAUCAUUUACAAGUUGUGUACAGAACUACCUAAACGGAAUCAGCUAAUGCCGUGGAAAAAAAGCCAGCAUCAGCAAAAAUAGUAAGCAAAGCGGUGGUAGGCGUAUUAUUCUGCCAGCUGGCAUGGGAUGCUCGUUUUAGCAUAUUAGUAGUUUAAAAACAAGAAUCAUAACAGCCGAGUAGUAGCAGUCUCUUAUCAGUUUAAAGCAGAUAGUGUGAGCAAUUAGUACGUAAGCACAGUUCGUGAACUGUUGCGCAGAAUUAUUAAUGACAUAGUGGGAACAGACAGAAAGAGAUACACAGAAAGAAAGUUAGGUAUCUAUCACGUUUGAUGAACAGAAGUUUUGUUUUAAGUUUAAAUGUAUUCCACAUACACAUAGGGCGACGACACGCUCGAUAGGUUUAAAUAAUCUAGCAAAGGAGUGCCCCACAAGUGGACAGACAGCAGGAGUUCGAUAUGCGUCUUCAUGCAAAAGCGACUAAAAUUAGGUAGUUAGCUCAGAGCAUGCGCAGAAUAUUGGAAAACUGCAAGACACAAACGCAAACACAGGAUUGAAUUUGUAAUAAUUGGAUUGGUUUUAAAUCCCUUUUAUUUAUUACAAAAGAUCAUCAUGCAAGAGUUCUCUUUAAGGUUUCCUUUUUUUGUUUUGUAAAAGUAUGACUAAGCACACAGACUCUUAGAACCCAAUAGACGAUACUAAUAAAACCCAUUUAAUAGUGUGAUUUUGUUUUAAAGCGAAUUUUCUCAAAACAGUUAGUAACUUAGCUUUUUAUAUACUCAACUGACUUGUAAAUGCUUUGAGUUUUUUUUCUGACGCCUUCGAGAGACAAUUAUGUAUUCCCCUUUAUCUUUCGUUAUCUUCCACUGAAAUAUAUUGUGUUAUAGUCAUAAAAAUGCAGGGCUCAGCAGGCAAGGCAUUCAAACAUACUUUUUUCGGCUAGCACUUAGAAUGUAAGCUAAAGGAAUAAUAAUAAUAACAAUAUAGACUAGAAAUUACAGCGAGAAGGCGAGGUGCGUGUUAAGCAAGAAUUUUGGCAGGCAACUUACAUCCAAUGUGUAUCCGAGUACGAGUGCGAAGGGCAAAUUACACAUCGGAAAGGGUUUAAGCAUUUUUGAAAGCAAAGUAUUGGCAGUGGUAGUAGUUAGGUAAGGUGAGUCAGUUACUGAACUGCGUUUUCUAUACAUAAUUUGACUUUCACUUGGAAUGUAGUCGCCCCCUUUCCGCUCAGUCAUUUAACGCAAAACGUGAAGGAUGUCCAAGCAAUUAAAGGGAUCAGUUUGUGCAGAGUGUACUUUCUUACGGUGGAGCAGCAGAAACGAAAAUAAAAUGGAAACAUGAAACCAACUACACACAACCAACCGAUAAAGCUAACCAUAAAUAAAUUUGGUAACACAAACCGUACAGUAUGCUUUA